AUGGCUGCGAGACAAUCCCCGUUCGAUCUCUCUAAAUGCGCACGCAAGAAUAUCUUGCAAUUGCAACCCUAUCGCUGUGCGAGAGAUGACUACAAAGAUGACGGAACGAAUGUCCUGCUCGAUGCCAACGAAAACGCCUAUGGUCCCGGUCUUGCCCUGAAUUCGGAAGGCGCUCUGCAAGAAUCUACAAUCAAUGGGGGUUCGACUGGCUCCUCGAAGCCAGACAUCGACUUUUUGGGAUUGAACCGCUAUCCCGACCCACAUCAGAUUGAGCUGAAGCAACUUUUCUGCAAGCUCCGCAAUACCCGUAUUCACAGCCAAAAAGACCUGACCCCCGAGAACCUUUUCGUUGGAGUCGGCUCCGACGAAGCCAUCGAUGCUCUGUUGAGGUGUUUCUGCGUGCCAGGAAAGGACAAGAUCCUUACUUGCCCCCCUACCUAUGGCAUGUAUGGUGUUAGUGCGCAGGUCAACGACGUGGAUAUUGUGAAGGUCCCUCUGGAUGUCGAGAAUGGCUUCCAACUGCAGCCGGACAAGAUUCUCGAGGCCCUGUCUGCAGAUGACUCGAUCAAGAUGGUGUAUAUCUGCUCACCGGGUAACCCUACAGCCAACUUGAUCCGUAAGUCCGACAUUCAGAAGGUGCUGGAGCAUCCCACAUGGAAUGGUCUGGUCGUUGUGGAUGAGGCAUAUAUCGACUUUGCACCUGAAGGCUCCAGUCUCGCCGAGUGGGUCAACGAUUGGCCCAACCUGGUGGUUAUGCAGACUUUGAGCAAGGCUUUUGGUCUGGCCGGUAUUCGACUAGGAGUUGCGUUUACCAGCCUGCCAUUGCCCGUCUGUUGA